AUGGAAGCGACUUCACAAAACCGAGGCCCAUGCCCAGUCUGCAGUAGUAUGGACCGAACCCGCCGUCAUUUCGGAAUCAUCGCCUGUACGGCUUGUGCAGCGUUCUUCCGAAGAUCCUUUGGACAACAGUACCUGUGCAAUGCGGAGAAAAAGUGCAUUAUCAUGCAUGACCGAAAAUUCUUCUGCAGAGCCUGUAGAUAUUCGAGCUGUGUGAAGGCGGGUAUGCGAAGAGAUCUUGUCAGAAAGCAGAAGAACAACCCAAGACAUCCAGCUUCCUUAGAAACCCAGCUUCCCCGGAAUCUACCAGAAAUGCUAUCCAAAUUCAGCAAAAUCUUGAAUAUUCAUCAUGACGAACUGCUGAAAUACUAUGUGGAUGGAGUUGAAGAUACAAUUGCUCAGAAACAAAAUGAUAACGUAAUGAAUGCUCUUCAAAUAAAAAGCAUCGUCGAGCUCCACAAGAUUUCUGAAAUGGAAAACAACGUGGUUUUGGAUGACUGUUUGAAUUGUCCGGGUGUCGAUGUUCUGGAGCAAGAUGAUGUAGAAGUUUUGCUCAAAUAUUUCAAAUUCGUGAAUAUCUGGGUGUAUUCUGCACUUGCAUCUUCUAGCACAUGUCUGGAGCAAUUUCCAGAGCAAACUGGGGACAAUUCCAAUCAGCUCUUCGACUUCCUUCACCAAGUCCGAUCAACUCUGGGAUCAUCACUUGUUCGUCUGAACCUCAACAUUUUCGAGUAUGCAGCUUUCAAGUCAUUUUGCAUUUGGAAUCUGAAGUUCUUCGGGACAAGUACCGCGAUGAAGAUUGUCGCAGAAGAACAUCACAUUGGUAUCACAUGGGCGCUCAGGAAAUAUUAUAAGGAAUCCACCAAUAUGACCGAAGUGGAAAUUGCGGCUCGAAUUGGUGAUAUCACUUUACAACUGCUCACUGUAUCGGAUAUAUUUCACGACAUGAUUAAACUCUAUCACCAAGUCGGAAUUUCAUUUUGAUUUGUUUAAUUUCUGGUAAUAAUGUGU